AUGGAUUCAGGCGAUAUCCAAUACACCUUCAAAGAGACCCGCUUGAACCUCGAGCCUCCUGCGCCCGCGUCGGUUGUGAGCAUCCGAGUGCCCUCGAAAAAUGACAAUGGUCGCAGCCAACGGCGCAUUGCAAACGAAUCAUCAGCCGAGGACGAAACAACAUUUCGUUUGAAAAAUCUUGCCGUCUCUUCAUCAAUCUAUCACCGACGUUGGCACGAUGCGCCGCGCAGCUUUCUGUGGCGAGUUUUGGAGGAUGGAGCCGUAUUGAGUAUUCGAGCCGUCGACCUGUUCAAAAAGGACAAGACCCCCGAUUCGCCUCUCGUCUUGAACUUCAAGUUUGGGGUUCCCAUUCAGACCGGUUGUGUCGCGUUCGUCGAUCCGGAGGAACACGAUGUCCUCUGUGUUCAUGUACUAGACCAAUCUUCGCAGCUGUACACUUUCACGUUGCGACCCGAAUUCUUCAGAAAGAGGACAGCCAUCGACGCGGUUCUUUCAGAACUCUGCAAGGUUCAGUCACCGGCUGGACUUGGUUUCAAGAGCCCGCAUCGGCUGGUGGCUGUAACGGCCGAUACGUUACUCGUCACAGUGAGCGAUGGGGGAAUGAUCCGGUUUGACAAGGCGAAGCACGAUGACUCGUCUUCCGGUCUCUGGAAGGAGUCAUUCUUCAACGUCCAAGGUUGGGCUCAAAACCUACGAAGUUUGUUGCCAUUCCAGGGGAACCAUACAAUCAAGUACGGAAAAGUCAAUAUGGAAUACAGUGCCGCGACGUCUAUCCAAGUGACGAAUUUUGGGCUCGAGCACUGCCUUUUUGCCAUUACUAUUUGUCUCGACCACCGAAUUCGCAUCUGGAAUGUCAAUGAUGGUCAGAUUCUCUUCACUGGUGAUUUACUCAACGUCGACCGUACACCCCAACAGGUUGGAAAAUGGUCCAUCGACCCGUCCCUGUCAAAUCUAGUCCAGCUCGUUGGAUCCGGCCGCGGACAACGCAUUUGCGCCACGUACUCCCCUAUCGGCCUGGGCGAGUUCAAGUUUUGGAAAAUUAUUGCCAAGGACGCACACACCAUCGUUGUAGACGAUCUCUUCCCGCAAGCCACGCUGGUACCGUCCACGCCAUCAUCUUCCGAUAUUUGGACACUAGCCGACUUUGUUCUCGCAUCACCUACAGAAGGAUCUAUUACCCUUUGGACCCUGUGGAAGAACAACAUGACUUACAGGGUCAAACGGCUCGAGUUGGAUAGAAAGAACAUGGUACAGUCGUGGGAGGAAAAUUGGGAUUGGGUGUAUCCUGACGCCGGAACUAUGCCAGUUCAAACGUCUGGACCGUGCGACUCAACCGACGUGACGGAGAAAUGGUUGCAGUGUAUUCUGCAACCAGGACGGUUUACAAGGGCAACCCUCGAGACGGCUUUGUCAAUAUACGAGCGCGGCCUGGGAGCAUCAAAGGACGGCAACAACCCCAAGGGUCGUGGUCUUACAGAGUCUAUUUGCUCGGUACUGGGUGCAACGGCUUCGCUAGAGCGUGGCGCAUCGGGAGCUAUGGACUAUGAGCAAUUCAGAGCGUCUGGUGAAACACAGUGGCGCAGGUUCUACAGACUCGUAGCCGAACUGGACCGCCAUCGUGGAGAGGCCAUUGGUUUGGUUUUCGAUCCUGAGGCUGACAUGGCUUGGGUGGUCUGCACCGAUCUUGUCUCUGCCAUUCGACUGUGCGGUGAUUUGGAGCGGCUCUAUCACAACCUUGGCUCUCCCAACGAUGAGAACACUAGUAAGGCAGCCCUGGUCAACGCUGCGCUGUCCUUUGUGGACGGUUUCCCAGACAAUUAUAUCCAGCUAGCCCAAGCUGCACUUAGACAAGAAAUCUUUGACCAGUCAUCCAAAACCGAUUUGGAGCGUAUCCAAUACUUUUCUGACAAGGCUGGCUUCUGGAGGGGGAUUACCGACGAGGACUGUGCACAGGUUGUCGACGUGCUUGGCGCUAACUUCGCCCUUGUUGACGACAGUUUGUAUGCUCACGUUUUAGAUCUGAUGGCUGCUCCCUUGGAAGCCAGACGACGGCACUUGCGUUAUCCCUUGACAGAAUUUGGGCAGAAGCUCAUCAUGAAAGGCGUUCAAGAUAACAUUGCAUUGCAAUGGAACGUGUGCUUCAGUCAGCUUAUUCUUCUCGUUCACAUGGAGUUUGAGUUUGACAACGAAGAGGACGCCUUGCACAACCGUGUUGACAUUGGAUCAGUAUACCGAAAACUCAUCAGUGCGCUCAGGAGGCUGGAACUCCUGAAGUGGCUGGCACAUACCGAGUUGCUAGCUCCCUUGGCCCAUGCUGACCGAGCGUCUCAGCUCAAGAAGGUUGGCGACGAUAGCACGCAGACAGUGACGGCUCUUGAGGCCAAUCUCGGACACCUUCUCGGCUUUGACAGCCUCAAAAGGGAACCUCUUUCUAGCAGCAUCACGGAUGUCAUAACAAACCUCUGCGCGCCAGACAGCGACAUCGAAGUCUCUCCAGCGCUCAUCCAGUGUGCACUCAUCAAACAAGAACGAGCCGAUUUGGCUCUUGAGCUUGUUCCGUUCAGCGACCAGAACCCAUUCUCUGUCUACGUGCUGGGCCGGGUCCAAUUGGCACUCAACGAUUUUGAGUCGGCAGCCAUUAGUUUUAGAAGGGCCGCCAUUGGAAUGGGUACAAAAACUGUCCCCAACGACAGACACAGCUGCGGCCUGUUAGGAGAUACGGAAUGGAAUCUCCUCAACAACGGACAGGCAAUGUACUACUCUCACAUAGUCGCGCAGUACGAAUCACACAAGGCGUAUUCCCACGUGGUCGACUUUGCCAAGCUGGCGGUACAGUUCCUAGAUGCCGCCAAGAAUGGUUCCUCUGCCAAGGUCGAGAUGCUGAGUCGUCUAUUCAACGCUGCUUUGGUCACGUCGCAAUUCGAGCUGGCUCACACAAGCCUGCUCUCCAUCAAAGACGAUGCCUUGAAGCACUCAGGCCUGCGGAAGCUCGUGGACAGGAUGUGCGAAACACAUCACAACAUUGAACUCAUAUCGUUGCCGUUCCCCGGCCUGCAGCAAGAAGUGGAUGACAUCCUGGCCGACCGAUGCCGCAACGCGACCGAUUCAGUGCGGGGAUUCCCGUACCAUCAAGUGCUGUACUCGUGGCGUAUCAAGCGCAGUAAUUACCGCGGCGCGGCGUCCGUCCUCCUGGACCGCAUCCAGAAACUGAAACUGGCCGGCGAGGGGGACAAGAUCACGGGCGACGAUGUCCUGGAUACCCCAGUGACACGCCAGUACCUGCUUCUCAUCAAUGCCCUCAGCUGUGUUGAGCCACAGCAAGCGUGGAUAUUUGACGAGGGACCACCAGCACUCCACCAAAAUGGAGACGGUGCCAGCAAGCGCAAGGUGCUGUCGCUGGCAGAUAUCCGCAAACAAUACCAGGACGAGCUAGAUAGGAUUGCGGCGAUCCAGAACAACCAAUUUGGAUUCGAGGCGGGCGACGUAAUGGUGCUAUGA